AAUUGAAUAAAAAAUAAUAUUUAGGUAUCAAUAAAAUAUUUACAUAACUAUUACUAGGGCCUCUAUCCUAGCCAGCUAGUAGAUUUUUCAUUAUUGAUUUUAGUUUAGGAAUUUUAUUCAUUCAUAUAGCUUGUUUAUUGUUGAUUUUAAUUUGUUUUCUUCAAAUUAUUGGGAGGGGGGCGAAACGAUAUUCAUACCCCCUCAACAUUUUUAUUUGGGGGCGAUCGCCGAGAUUGUUGCGGAGGAUUCGGGUAAUGAGUAAGAUUCUGUUGAUAACAACAUUACCACGUUUUAAAUUAAAUUUAAGUAUAUUACAACAGUUUACAGAAUUAUUAAAAUAUAAAGAUGGGUUUUUUGAAACUAUAUUAACUCCAUUGUUGACUGGAAGCUGUUAUAACAGGUAUAACCUCAAACUUUGAGGGUACCAACAGGUACUUUUACUUUUCGAAUUAGGACAUCAUUUAAACUUAUACUGUAAACCUUUGUACCUGGGAGCCGCCAAAGAGACUCAGCAAGACCCGGAAGGAGAGGAGGGGGCUAACAAUUUGGAGGUGGAACGCCCCAGCCAAUGAGAAUGCUCGGAAGGAGGUAGUUCCCCCACCAUCCGCCCCCUAUUGCUGGAGCACUCAACAGGGCCAGAACAUUCACUAUCUGUUCAGCUACUUUGCCAACUACAGCAUGGAGAAACAUUGCAACUCACGGUCUUCCACAGAUCGACGAUCUAACAACAGCUUAAAACAGUGGAGGACACUUCGAAUGGGGAGCUUCGUCGCUAACGCUUUGGAGUUCCUUUCCACCUCCAAGAGAGGAGCCAUCAUCAAAAAACUUCAUGAUGUGCAGGACCUGUAUAGGGAUGGCGGUGAAUGGAUUCUCGGCGAACACAGCAAGUUGAGCUGGCAACUGUUGAGAUUAGAACACUUUAGAAUGGACCCCGAGAGGUACGCUGACCCCGACAGAAGCCACGACGUGCCCGUCAGCUACAGCGACGCAUUGAUCACAUUUGUCGCUUCCUUACCUGGGCCUAACAGGGAACUCUUCCUGAAUGACCUCUGUAAUCUAAUCGCGAAAGUUAUUUCUGAUGUAACAUUAUGAUUUAUAAUAAUAAUAAUAAUAUAAUAUAUAUAAUUGUAAUUAUAUUUUAUUAUCUAAAUUCUUUGGUUUAUGUAAUUUUCAAUUUGCUAGUCGAUAUUGUGUAAUUUUUUUUUAAAUUGACUGGAAACAGAUAUACGAAUUUUCU